AUGGCGAUGAAGCUGACAUCUUAUACGUCGUGCAAGUUCUUGUACUGGGGUCGGUGCAGCAAAUACAGGACAGUAUACUACAAGGAGCAUGAGUGCAAAUCUGGAUACAGAUCUACCGAUAGCCAUGGCUGUCCCCACGCCAUCUGCGACAAUGACAUCAACCCAAAUGGCGCCUGCAACAUCAACUACAGAACGUCCCACAUCAUCUACAGCAACGGCGUAGCCAAACACAGUAGCGGGGGCACCUGCAGCCUCCCUGAGAUAUGCACCAACUGCAACAUGGGCUUCUAUGCCAGCCCAAACAGAUGCCGGAUGUGCUCGGCCAUCCCUUACUGUGACCUGGAGGAAUGUACGUCGCUCACUGACCAGGUGUGUUCGCGGUGUGAAGGGGUGCACAGGGAUCGGCCUGGGGAACGAGCGUACGCCAUCACCACAGACAAGAAAUCCUGUAUACAGGCAUGUUCGUGGCGCAGUGACAAUACACGGUGCUACCCAGGAGAAUGUGCAGAGGAAUAUGCAAGGAAUUGUAUCUGUACAACAGAGUUUAGCGGCAGUCACUGCGAGAAAAUCGACACGUUCCCGUCUAUUUUGUACAACACACUGAAGGUGACCAGCCCGCGCCUGGACAAGGUGGAAGCCCCAGACAACCCCAAUGAAGGAGCUCCCCAAGACAAGUCCUGGUCGAACAUCAACGACACCAGGAUGAUCUACUACAAAUUUGAGACCAAGUUCAUCAUGACUGCGACUCUACCAGCCAGACAGGCCUAUGUUGAGGGAUUUGCUGUUGGCAUAAUCAACGCCAAAGCAACAUUUGAAGUUAGAAGAAACGACUAUAUCAUAAUGAGCACUGUACGACCUUGCCAUGGCCCCAGUAAGACGGCACCUCAUCAAACUAAGUUGACCUGUGAGGAGAACAUGACUGCGGAUAGCUUUCUCUCCUUACCAGUGGAGCAUGGAGAUAUAAUGGAAUUCACAUUUGAGGCAACUAAUGGUGGCUACGUUACAGUGGGGAACAAGGAGAGCAGGAGUCUCGUGACGUACUACUACGAAGGGAAGACACAAAUCAAUCAUUAUAUCCUCGGGUUUGACUUCAUAGAUCCACAUCACUGCAGUGUAGAUCUGGAGGAGAACUGCAAAGAUGACAUGAUAUCGCUGGCCAAGACCCCCACACAGGUUCCUUUCAAUGUCACGUGGCAGGGAUGGAGGGACGACGUCCUGGUGUUCUCCUACUUGGUGUCGAUAUUUGAACUUUCUGACAAACAUCCCAACAGAAGUGACUCUCAACUCGUGGAGAAAUCACUAGCCUUUAAAUCUGCCAGAUACAGCGGCGAGACAUCUUCGAGCCAGUUUCAUCUGUCACAACCCGGGGUGUAUGCGCUUGUUUUAACAGUUUACGACAAAGCCGAAAACAGCAAGAGUGCUCGGCGAAUAUUCAUCUAUGAUGAGGUGUCAAAAGUGGGCGUGAUACAUGACACGAGGCUGCUAGUGACGUCAUCGGCUUCUAAGACAACCCACCGAUGGCAGUGGAAUACGACGGACGUGUCUGUCGACUGGGAGAAGAGGUACAUCAACACCCUCCAUUCCAACAACGGGUGGCUGAAACAAGCAGCCUCCUUGCAUGACGUUACCCAGGACUACGACGAUAACAACCACUUCAGGGGAAAAGAUGCCAUUGAUCACGUGCAGGGCAUAGUUGAAUACCGCACCGCCUUCCUGAUUGACCACAGUGGCGGCAGCAGCAUCCUCUCUCCCCCUCCUGACGCCGACUUCCAGAGCCAGGGUCUGACGCAGCACCAGACAGUCACACCGGUCCUCGUGGACGGAGACACCGUCAGGUUCUGGGUCAGGGCGUACGACAUCAGGCGCGAACUCCUUGAGGAGAGCGUGACAGUCCACGUGGACACAUCGCCUCCAGUCAUCGAGAACCUGUGGCUCACCAGGGGAGACAGACUCAACAUCAGUGUUCAUAGAGUGGAGGAAUUCAAUGAAACGACAUUUGAGUGGCUGGCGUUUGAUGACCACAGUGGUCUACAGACUGUGUCGUGGAGACUCUACGACAACAUCACCGGCUCAGACAUCUACCACGGAGAAGAACAUCUAUCAGCUCAAGGAGACACGCAAACACUGGCUAACUGCACAGCGAGGUACGGCGACUAUGCACGGGACGCCAACUGCUACUGUACGCCAGGGACAGGGUGUUACCACAGACACUUCCAGAUCAAACCACGCAUAAUCUCAUCUAAUCUCAGGCAUGGUGGCGUGUUCCACGACAUGCACAAGGGCGUUCACGACUCCGACUACUUCAUCGAGAUUACAGUAAUGAACCACGCCAAACUAAACACGUCGCUUGCAAUCAAGGUGACAGUAGACGCGAGUGCACCGCACCCUGGAGUUGUCCACGAUGGUCAGUCUGGGCACCCAGAAGUGGACUACCAGGACAGUCUGCAGAUCCACGCCCACUGGGACGGCUUCUUUGACCGGGAGAGUGGGGUCAAGUUCUACCAGUAUCAGUUCUCUGACAAGUGUCUACAAAAGGAGCAUUUCGGUUUGGUUACGAGUAUAUUAAAUGUGACGGAAACCUACUCGACACAUGCAGCUUGGUCGGCACCUUCCCCAGGGACGUAUCACGUGACAGUGGUGGCCUACAACCGGGCCCUGGAGGCAUCUGACCCUGUGUGUUCUGACGGAGUGACCCUUGAUGACACACCACCAGCAGUGGGACAGAUUGCUGUAGCCGCGUCUAGCAUUGCCCCGGGUCUGGUCACCACCUCAUCAGGAACGGUCUGGUUCAUAGACAAUCGACGCAGGAGAAGCAGAAUUACUGAACCAGAUACCCAAUGCAGAUCCAAAGGAACAGCAAUCAAUGCAGCAGAGUUAGAGAAGUUCCCCAUUCACGUGAUGAGGAAUGGAACGAUGUUGGCACGAAAUGAAACAUUUUGCAUACAGUCUGAAGCGUUGUCAAGUUUCCACCAGAUAUACAUUUCUACACAGCACCACCUGUUUGUAAACUGGACCGGAACUGACGCGGAGAGCGGUAUCCAUGACUACGAGGUGGGGCUGAUGUCAGAUCCUUCUGGUGAAGCAGCUCCAGACAUCCUGCCGUACACGUCCACUCAUCAUCAUCCCCAGUAUCAAGGCUACCACCCUCGUCUCAGUGAGGGGCAACAGUUCUACAUAGCCAUCAAGGCCAUCAACAAAGCUGGGCUUACAACCAUUCAGGUCCUGGGGCGUCUCCUCGUGCACACCCAGAAGCCUGUCUUUAACGGGGGAGUCACUGCUGCCCUGACGUCCAGUCUGAGUCAUCUCCUAGUGACGUGGAACAACUCACAUGUCACGGACCCUGAUGCUGCUCACCUCAAGUAUGAAGCUGCAGUCGGUACCUCGCCGUAUGGGACUGAGAUCCUGCCCUUCAUUGCCCUGCAGUCAGGAGCAGGGUGCACAGUGACGUCUCCGCCCACGUGUACAGCAGUAGCUCUCCGGGACCUCCACUGGGACCUCCAUCACAGCCACACCUACUAUGUGUCAGUCAGGGUCACCAACACAGUAGGGCUGUCCACGGUGGCGGUAGCAGAACCUUACGUCCAUGACGUCACGCUGCCCUCACCUGGUGUCGUCAUGGAUGUUUGCCCCGAAAGUGAAGAAGAAUUAUUUCAGAUAACGGAACUGCAGGACUCCGACUACCAACUGUCUACACGAGUGCUGAAGGCGAGGUGGUAUGGGUUUGAUGACGACAUGUUGAACGUGACCUACAGGGCUGGGAUUGGCACAAGGCCCGGGGUAGUUGACGUGAGAGGCUAUGAAGACACAGGGCACUUGCUACAGCAUCAGUUCACGAAUCUACUGCUGAACACGUCACAGAAAUAUUACACAACUGUUGUGGCCAAGACGGCUGGUGGCGAGGUGACCCAGUCUUCUGAUGGGGUUUACAUUAUCAUCAACAACGCAGACAUCUCUAAUAUGACGAUAAAUGAUGGUCGCGGAUGUGAUUCCAUUCAAGGAACGCAGGAUUGGAAUCCUACACAUCAUAACAUGUCUGCCGUGUAUGGUUGUCACGAGGACCAGGAGUAUCAGCUAUCAACCUCCAUGUUCGCCGCCCACUGGAACAUCACACAACAACCUACCCAUCAGUACCCGGAUGUCAAGUGGAAGCUGGAAAGGAGGUUCACUUUAUCAGAUGACCUCUGGCACACAGAAAGGGACUAUGAGUACACUGGACACCGCGACCACGUACUGUCCACGGGACUUGAUCUGAAGUCGGGCUACACGUUCAGGGCGGCUGUGAAGCUGUGUGCUGUGAACAUCUGCACUGACGCCGUGUACAGUGAUGGAGUUACAGUGCUACACCAGCCACCUGUAAGCGGCAACAUCAGCGUGAACUACACGAACACCGACAUAGGCUCCAAGCUUGAGGUGACCAUGGCAAGGUUUGCUGACCCGGACAUGCCAGUGAAGACUGAAGCGUAUGGCGUUGUAGACAGAUAUGAAUGGAGCUUAACAGACAGUGACCACGACAGCAGGCUUCUGACAACGUGGCAGCCAGUGUCAGACAGCACAACCAGCGGUGAUGUGAUGACAUUCCAUGUACUGCUGCCCCAACGCAUGGACUUCAGUAAGUGCCGUCGUCUUGCUGUUCGAGGCUACAACAAAGUGGGGCUCUCCACCACCGUAUCCGCCGACGUGAGAGCCUGUGCUGAAUACGACCCUGCGGUUGUAGUGCCUGCCAUCGUCAUCGAUGUUGUUGGCGCCAGACAAGUUGCUGAUGUCGGGGACCCCAUCACCCUGGAAAAGAAUGACAGGUGGAAGCUCGCUGAUGCUGACUACACCCCUUUCAGGAACAUCCUGUCUGCUGUGUGGCCGACACUCCGUCACAGGAACUACACGUGGGCAGUGGUGUCAGGUGACCAGGUGGACCCCUCCUCACACUACAAGAAAGAGAAUCUGAUGACCUUCACUGACCCCUGUAGCAUGCCGGAUGUCAUCAAGUGCGGGCACACAGACAAGGAAUUCAUAAAUGUGGCCUUUGCCGAGACAGAACGGCGGCUAGUCCACGGGAGGAUGUAUUAUGUGUGUGUUCAUGCUGAUGCCAGAACCGUGGAGAACGAGAAGUGGACAGAAGACUUACCAGAGGUCAACUCCUGUAGUGACGGGGUCACGGUGGACGUGACACCACCGAGCGGAGGAAGGGUUUUUCUGGGCGGACUCACCAGUCCCACCUUCCAGACUAGCACAAGCGAGAUGGUGGUCUACUGGGACGGCUUCACUGAUGUAGAAGAGGAAGGGCCUUCUCCACACCCCAGUGGGAUAGCAUAUUAUGAAGUUGCUCUGGGUUCUGAUCCAGGAGGGGAGGACGUGGUUGCAAGACGGAGAGAGGGUUUGGUGAACCACGCCAUCCUGCACGGCCUCCGGCUACACGACGGGCACACCAUCUACGCGUCGGUGACAGCCACGGACUUUGUGAACAAGAGCAGGACAGUCAUAUCGUCGGGGGUGUUGAUUGACUCCACGCCGCCAAUGACGUCAGGGGGAUCAAUACAUUUCUCUGGGAAAUACAUAACGAAGUCUGUGAUAGAUGUGUGCUGGGACGGUGCUCUGUCUGACCCGGAGAGUGGCGUCGUAAGCUAUGACGUGGGGGUGGGAUCGAGACCUGCCUAUGACGACGUGGUCAAGUACACAUCUACAACGGACCAGUGUAUGGUUAUCGACGGCGAGGCACCCCUAGCAGACGGGCAUGUCUACUUUGUCUCAGUGAAGGGAUACAACAAAGUAGGCCUGCACAGUCUCAUCACUUUACGACCUGUGACGGCUGACAACACACCGCCAUCUAGGGGCCACGUGUAUGAUGGACAACGCACCAACGUUAGAGGCCAGGCAAAGGACGCUGACUUUGUCACCCUGAUGUCGGAGAUGGGUUCCUACUGGGAGGGGUUUUCUGACCCCCACUCUUCAAUCAGUCACUAUCUCCUCCAGGUGGGCACGUGUCGGGGAUGUGACGACACGCUCGCUCAGUCACACGUGGAAGCAAGAACAGGUAAAAAGCAAAAAUGUUCCUUAAAUAUCAUUAAUAACGCAAAACAGUCCUCACUGUACUGGGUGUGA